AUGCGGCGCGCGUCCGCGCGUCCUUUGUGCGCUGCGAGCCCCACCCCGCCGCAGCUCCCCGCACGACGCGCGCUGCAGCUCCGCCCGAGGCCGCGCGGCAGCUCCGCGCACGCCGCUGCACUCGCCAUGCCACCCCACGCCGGCCACUCGCCCACGCCGCCCCACGCCGGCCUUGCCACGCCACGCCACCGCGGGGGCCGGCCGUGCGGGCACGGGGCUGGCCGCGCCCGCCUCGCCCCGUCGCCGGCCUCGCCACGCCGCGCGAGGGGGCUCGUGCCGUGCCGCGCCUCGACGCCGCCCCGUCGCCGGCCUCGCCAUGACGCGAGCGCCUCGACGCCGCCCCGUCCGUGCCGCCCCGUCGCUGGCCUCGACACCGCCCCAUGCCGCGCCUCGACGCCGCUCCGUCCAUGCCGCGCCUCGGGCCGCCGCCGUCCCGAGGCCCGCGCCAUCUCGUGUCGCGCCGCACGCCCGGCCCGCGCCUCGCCUCGCGCGCCCAGGGACGCGCUGCGCUCGGGACGCCGCGCCCGCGGGGAGGGGCAGGGAGCGGGGCACAGACUCGCCUAUGCCUGCGCACGCGACUCGCCGGCCUCGCCCGCCACGCCGUCCCGGCCGCGCCGCUGCACUCGCUCGCGGAGUAGGGGCGCGCGCGGGCUCGCCGGCGCCGGCCGCGCCGCGCCCAAGCCGUCGCCGGCCUCGCCACGCCCACGCCCGCCUCGCACCUGCGCAGUGCCGGCCGCGCCGCGCCCACGCCGUCGCCCGCCUCGCCACGCCUACGCCCGCCUCGCACCUGCGCAGCGCCGGCCUCUGCCUCUGUUUGUUCUAGUUUUGGGUUUGGGUCGUAUGUAG